AUGCACGCCAUCUGGGUCGUCGGACUCGGCUCUCUCCUCCUGGCACCUGCCCAGGCUUUCCCUCAUUCUAGUUCAUGGGCCGUGUCUUGCUCGGGCAAUUGCUCUACGCCGUCGUCGUCAGCCGUAAGCCCGACUGGUUCGGGACCGGUGACUCUGAGCGAUUUGACUACUACUGCCCUUGAUUCUACAAUCACUGGCCCGGCAGACGUCUUCUCAGUGCCAUCUUCAUCUGUGUCGACAGAUGAUGGCCAGACUACUUCGGUUCCGGUGAUUCCCUCCGACGGUGUCACUUCCAAAUCACUGAUUCCGUCUGCAUCGACUGAAUCUACGGCCGUUACCAGUGAACCUGUCACUCCUUCUGAGUUUAGCACCGCUGUUCCUGAUUUUACUGCAUCUAGCCCUACUGACUCUGGACCUCCCACUUCUACGUCACUGAUAUCGUCUGCAUCAACUGGUUCCACAGCUGCCGUCUCUUCUCCCGACUCUAUCGCAUCGACAUCCACCGGGUCUGGAGCCGUGACAUCGAAGUCUUUGAUUUCGACUGCGUCGACAGAAUCGACCGCCGUGACUAGCCCUACAUCUACCACAUCGGGGUCGGAUUCAACCACCUCCAGCUCGACCAGCACCAGAUCCUCGACAGAAUCAACACAAACAUCAGAUAAAUCCACUUCCAAAGCCACGACCCAGGCCACCACCGACUCUCCCUCGAAGACCACCGAACACCUCUCGACCAUCACUUCGCAAUCGGUGUCCCUCGAAACGGUGCACACUCUGCCCGGCAUCACCGGCAACACCAUUCUCACGACCACCAGAGACGGCCACAAGACCAAGGUUCCCGUGAUUUAUAACUGUGAUUGGUGUGGAGGAAUCGUGGUUCUGUGGGGAAUGGGCACCGUCAAUGGUAUCUAUCCUCCUCCGGACCCUGAGUGGCCAACUGUUACCAUCGAGGACGGUGCUCCGACGGCCGAGCCUACACCGGAUGACGAUCCUGAACCUGAACAGACGGCAUCGGAUACCAGACCGACUGAGACUUCCUCUGAGGAUUCUUCCAGCAGCACCAGUUCUCAGUCUUCGACGUCGACUCCGACUUCAACCACCAUGUCUUCAACUACCGUGUCCGGAAACCCAUACCUAUCCACCACUGCUCAAUCCACCGACUCUUCCACCGGCAGCACCGGCAGCACCCUGAGCACCACUUCAUCCCCCACCUCAUCCCCAUCCACCAUACAAACCCCCAUCACGCAAACCCACGACAACGCCGUGGUUCUCUGCUCCAGCUACAAAGUUGCCACCAUCACCAAACCCAUCCCCUUCGGUCCCAAGAUCUCCGGCCUCUCAAUGACCAUCUGUCAAGGCGAUAGCUCCACGAUAUCCACCCUUCCCCCAACAUCAACAACCGCAUCGUCCACACCCACCGUCUCCCCAUCCCCGACGGAGGAAAUCGCCUGCUUCGAAACCCACGGAUCCAGUGAUGCCGACAAGCUGAUCCUGCAAGCCAACCUCGAAGAAGGAAUCGACGAGUACUGCCGCGGCGGGGACUACAAGUCGUCGAUCCGGUCGGCGCCGUCGGAUUCCUGGACACAGCGCGACCCGGUGGAGAAUAACCAUUAUUUCGCGGGGUAUGUGUUUGACGAUGACGCGGCGGACGAGUGUCAUCAGCUCUGGGAGGACGAUUCGUCGUCGUUUGUCAAUUCGUUGUGUUCGACGCCGUUGCAGGCGAUUCGCGAGAAGUGCGAGUGGAAUGGAGGCCGGGUGAGGAAUGGAUGUGGAGAGUGGUGGUUAGGGACGUGUAAACAGAACGAACCUAUGGAGUACCUGAACCUAGCCAAGGCCCAUGUCUUAGGGGACAGACUGCUAGACACCAAGUUUCAAAACGCUUCUAUCGACGUUAUUGUCGAAAGAAGCCAACCCGCUGGACGGGGCGGAUAUCCUCGCACAGGUCCGGAAGUGAUCGGAUAUAUCUAUCAGAACACGGCGGAAUCGGCACUGAUUCGGGACUUAUUUGUGGAUCUGUAUAGCAGUCAUGGGACGAGCUCGUGGCUAGAUUACUGGCGUGAUUCCGAACCUAUUCCGGUGCCUUUUCUUUUCAGGCUGGCCUCCAGACUUAUGGAUGGAAGCAAGGUGUCCAUUACAGCCCACAAGUAUUACAGCACCGAUGAUGUUGAGCCGGCAAAAAAAUUCGCUGCUGAAUUUCAGGAUCUCCUACAAAUCAGUUAG